AAUGGCGCGCAAACGGCCCAGCGAAUGACACAGUUCGGGCGGGCGCAGCGUUUCGGCAAUCGCAACGCAAGCUAUUUGGCCGGCGGCCGCGACCAGUUUAUAAUCGAAGAAUCCGUCGAGAAAUUUACAGUUUCUAAUAAGAGUAGAACGAAAGUGUGCCGGGUGUCGAGUUGGUAAACAUACAGGUCCGCGGAUUGUAUAAGCGCUCAUUUCAGUGAGAGUGAGUGCCCGACAAAAUGAAGGAAUACAAUCAGGUUACAUUGCCCAACUACACCUACGUUUUCAAUUUCGAGUCGGAUUUCAUCCACCAGAAAACCAGGACCUGGAUGCAGGACAACUGGACGCUGGGGUUCUAUUAUGUGGGCGCCUACAUGGUGUUUAUCUUUGGGGGCCAGUACCUGAUGCAGAACAGGCCCAGAUUCGAGCUCAGGGGCGUCUUAUGUUUAUGGAACACGAUUUUAGGGACGUUUAGUAUCAUUGGUGCCUGCAGGACGGUUCCAGAGUUUUUGCACACUCUCACCCACCACGGGCUCUAUCAUUCGGUAUGUGUGCCCUCUUUCAUUGAGCAGGACAGGGUCUCUGGCUUCUGGACAUGGAUGUUUGUACUGAGUAAGCUGCCUGAACUGGGCGAUACAGUUUUUAUAGUCCUUAGGAAACAGCCACUGAUUUUCUUACAUUGGUACCAUCAUAUAACUGUGCUUCUAUAUUCUUGGUUCAGUUAUUCAGAGUACACCUCUAGUGCAAGGUGGUUUAUUGUUAUGAAUUAUUGUGUACAUUCUAUUAUGUACUCCUAUUUUGCACUGAGAGCAGCAGGAUAUGCACCUCCAAGACAAAUAGCCAUGGUCAUAACUUCCUUACAACUGUUACAGAUGGUUGUUGGAUGUGCAAUAAAUCUGUGGGCCCAUCAACUUCUACAAAAGAACAUUGAAUGUCACGUUACGCCCUUUAAUGUAAAGCUGUCCAUUGCCAUGUAUUUUAGCUAUUUUGUACUUUUUGCAAGGUUCUUUUAUACCACUUACGUUUUGAAGAGCAACAAGAAAAAGAAUAUCUCUGCUUCUACUGCAGAAUAUCCUUUAAUGAAAUCUAAGAUUCACUAGGUGUUAAGUUGUAAAGAGCAUUGCAGAACAUUCCUGGUAGCAAGAAAUGCAUUUAAUUUUAAAAGUAUUUUAAGUAUAAAAAAGUAUUUUCCUAUCUCUCGGUUCAUUUAAAAAAUUCAUUAAUUUAAGUAAUUGGUAAAAUAAUGUUUUGUUAGAGUUCUAAAUUACUACAUCAGCUUAAGAUAUAGAAUUAUGCACUAUUUUGAUUAAAAAAUAUCAAAAUACAAUUAAAAAGAGUUUUAAUAUCUAUAGAAAAAGAUGAUUAUAAAGUUUUUUAGAAAGUUACUGUAGGAUUAUAAAAAUCGUAUUAAUGUGUUGUCUAUAAAUAAUUAAGUAUGUCAUGAAAUUAUUUUGAUCGCACAAUUUUUGUUACUGUUUAUUUUAUGCGUUUGUUAUUAUUUCCGUCAGUUUGAUGGUCUAUUCAAAUAAUUUAUUUUAAGUAAUAUGGAUUAGGUUAGCAAUAGGCAUUGUUAUUUUUUUAUUUAAGUAGAAAUUAAAUAUAAAUUGAUAUAUUGCCAGUGAUUAAAUAACUUGAUAAUUUGUCCGUAUUUAAAAAGAAUAUUUAAACUUUUACAAAACAAAAUUUCAGAGUUACCUUAUAAAACCUCUUACUUUUUGCAUGAAAAUAAAAAAAAUGGUUUCUUUAGAAACAUUUUUAAAAUUACACUCAAGGACAGGAAAAACGGGCACCUUCAAAUUUAAUAAUUAUUUAGGCACCUUUAAUUUUAAAGUUUUAUAUAUUGUGUUCUAGUGGACUGAUUUUGAUAAUUUUUUAAGGAAUUUCAUGGAAUUUGUAGCUAAAUUAUUGACUUUUUAGUAAGUAUAUCUUUCUAAAUUAAAAAUGAAAGUUCCCAUCUGUCAAUUAUACGAAGGAAAACAAAAUGUUGACAUUUAAUGAAAGUUUGGAAAGCAAUGAAUUCAGAAAUCAUCAUUUUGACAUGUAAAUUUUUUCUCGAUAGGUAGAUUGUUUUUUCUUUCAUCUCAAUAGCUUUAUUUGUUUUGGAGAUAUUCGCUUUUGAAGAAGACAAUAAGAUUUUUUCGUAUUUGCUUUUUGUCCUAUUCAACAGACCUAUGAAAUAUUGUUUAUGAUUUUUAUGUAAAGCCAUCUCUACUAGAGUAAACGUCGAUAAAACAUAAUAAUAUGACUUUUUAACCAUAAUGAAAUUACAAAAACAAUAAACACUAUUUUAGUGUGUUGAUGAGGACCCAAAAGCGAAGGCAUAUUUUCAAUGCUAAAAUCUUUACUGUUUUAUUCAAAAGCGAACUCAAAUAGAAAUAAAGCUAUUAAGACGAUUAAAAACAAACUAUCUGGAAAAGACGUACCUAGAUGAUAAAAUAGUUUUUACAUUCUUUGCUUUAUUAAUAUAUUCCACAGGGUGUUUCAAACAUUCACCAAAAUAUCAACAUUUUGUUUUCCCUCGUAUAAUUGACAGAUGGGAACUCUCGCUUUUAAUUUAGAAAGAUAUACUAAAAGGUAAAAUAAUAUAGCUACAAAUUACUUAAAAAAUCAUCAAAAUAUGCCCACUAGAACCAGGUAUUAUAUUAAACUUUAAAAUACAUCAAAAUUUUAAGGUGCCCGUUUUCGUACCGGUGAGCGUAGAACCCGUGUGCCAACUGUGAAAUUACACGCACAUAAUAUCAUAAUAACGCUUUGGAUGAAACUUUGUUUUGUAUUAGCUUAUUAUCGAUAAAUUUCGUAUUUGUAAAACUAUAAAAAUAAUUUUAGAAGUGAUAUUUUCCUUGGGUAUGAAACCUUUGCGAAAUCGUAGGUAUUAUUCCAUUUAAAGUAAUAACAUAGAACCUGUUUUUAUACCUAUUUUGGAAUUUUUAUUGAUAUAAUUUAAUGUUCGUAGAAUGGUUUGUGACUCUUUGUUUUCUGGGCUAGUCAUUAGUUAAUAUGUACGACUUUGCUAUAAGGCAUCUCAAGUUUGUAAUUAGUUAAAAAAAAAAACGCUUUUUAGAAAGAAAUGUUGCAAACGACACAUUUCUAUAGAGUAACAGCCAGUUUGUUAUGUAAUUCUUGACUAACGCGGGUUGUUAAAAUAAAUUCGAUGGAUAUCGAUUGUGAUGGAACUUCACUUUCAUGCCGUGCCACACGGUGUUAUAAAUAAGUUUUGUUUGUGUUGUACAUACUUGUAUUUUUACAUUGAUAUAUUACGUAUGUACUUAUAAGAAAUGGUUUAAAUAAAUUGCCUAAUUUGUUUAAGA